CUCUCUCUCUCUCUCUCUCUCUCUCUAUACGAGGAAGUGGAGGAAACAUUAAUAUGUGUCUCAACUGACGGCACAAACCGACGUUUCCAACCCCAGUCGGCCGUUCCCGGGACGAGAUAGCCCCCCCCCCCCCCGACCAGCUCCAGUGCUCCCAGUGUGAGACAUGUGUCCUCUCCAAGCAGCUUCCUCUGAGACCGAGAUGAGCCGAGGCAGCGCCGCCACGUCCUCGACCACCUCCACCUCAUAAGAACUCACGUCAGCCAAGCGUCGCUGUAGAUCGUCAAUAUUUGCAUCCAAACAUGGCCUCCGUUCCUCCAGGGAUCCGCCUGCUGGUGUCCUUCGACAGGGACCAGUGGUACAGAGCUCUCACCUUCAUCCUCACCUUCUUGCUCUACACCAGCUUCCACCUCUCCAGGAAACCCAUCAGCAUCGUCAAGAGCGAGCUCCAUAAGAACUGCACAUCCCUCAGUGAGCUCGCCACCAUCGCCUCCAGCGGCGGCGGCAGCCAGCAGCCCUCCCCGCCGUCUCUCCAUGCAGACAUGGACUGUAGCUGGAAGCCUUUCGAUAAAAGGAACUACAAGCAGCUGCUAGGAGCUAUGGACUACUCCUUCCUCUGUGCCUAUGCUGUGGGAAUGUACCUCAGCGGCAUCAUCGGGGAGCGCCUGCCCAUCCGGCUGUACCUCACGGUGGGCAUGCUGACCAGCGGCCUGUUCACCUGCCUGUUCGGGCUGGGUUACGUCUACAACAUCCACAGCCUGGGCUUCUAUAUAUUUGUCCAGGUGGCCAAUGGGUUGGUGCAAACCACUGGCUGGCCCAGUGUAGUGACCUGCAUCAGCAACUGGUUUGGAAAAGGAAGACGUGGACUCAUCAUGGGGUUGUGGAACUCCCACACCUCAGUGGGAAACAUCCUGGGCUCUCUGAUCGCCGGAUACUGGGUCUCCUCCAACUGGGGCCUGUCCUUCAUCGUCCCGGGGCUCAUCAUCGCCGCCAUGGGCGUCAUCUGCUUCCUCUUCCUCAUUGAGCAUCCAAACGACCUGAAAAGCAUACACGCUCCAAACUGUUCUCCCGGCAAGAGCCAGGUUCCCAACAAGAGGAACGGCAUGAACGGACACACUGAGGUUUAUCUGCAGUACAAGGACAACAAAACCCAGGCGUGCUACUAUUAUGAGGAUAGUGUUCAAAACAGGAAGAGCUACGACACAGAGCUGCUGCUGCCGAGAGAAAGCGUGUGCGUCCCCGUGCAGCCGGUCGUGGUGGUGAAGAGGGAAUCUGAGCCGUCCCCCAUCAGCUUCAUGGGAGCCCUGCGUAUACCAGGAGUGAUCGAGUUCUCUCUCUGUCUGCUGUUUGCCAAACUGGUGAGCUACACCUUCCUCUUCUGGCUGCCGCUCUACAUCACCAAAGCAGCUCACCUCGACGCCAAGAAAGCCGGAGAUCUCUCCACCCUGUUUGACGUGGGAGGAAUUGUGGGAGGGAUCUUGGCAGGUGUGAUCUCUGAUAAACUGGGGAAGAGAGCCACCACCUGUGCAGUCAUGCUGCUGCUGGCUGCUCCCACACUGUACGGAUUCUCCAUGAUCAGCGAGUUCGGUUUGGGGCCGACCAUCGGUAUGCUGUUGGUGUGCGGAGGCCUCGUCAACGGACCGUACUCCCUCAUCACCACCGCAGUGUCUGCGGAUCUGGGGACCCACAAGAGCCUGAAAGGCAACGCCAGAGCGCUGUCCACUGUCACUGCCAUCAUCGACGGCACGGGAUCUGUAGGAGCAGCACUGGGCCCCCUGCUGGCUGGACUGUUGUCUGCAGGUGGCUGGGAUCAGGUCUUCUACAUGCUGAUGACUGCCGACUUCUUUGCCCUGCUGCUUUUGCUACGACUCGUGACAAAGGAGCUGACCUCAAAUAAAUCCCGUCCCAUCUCUGCUGUAGAGUUGAAGGAGCACUGAGCACUUUGACUGAAUGGAAACCACUCGUCCAUAAUAAGCCUGACACGGACUGUGGCUGCGACUGUAACUGGACUUAAUUAACCCACAUAUUACACACACAUUUUAACAUACAACGUGUGUGUGUGUGUGUGUGUGUGUGGAGCUACUGCAGCAGAUUUCAGUCUGGAGGAUUCAUCUUUAAACACUCAACUUCGUGGUUUCGUCCUCAAGUUGAGCUCGAUCACUACAAUCCACUCACAGGACUGUGGGAUAUAUAUAUAUAUAUAUAUAUAAAGCCUUACUUUGACGUGUAUAUUUGAGCUUAAAGAUAAACUAGUGACUUUAUUUAUGUUGGAUAGAAAUGUUUGAAACAGCAACUUCCAUGACGAAGAUUAACAGUUUAUUUCUAAACUGUUUUACCCAACAAGGGACCAUUUUUAAUUUAUUAUAUCUAAAACUCAGUGGUCCAUUGACCCUCAUAAGCCCCGCCCCCUUUUGACCUGGCUGAGGCUUGCUCAACUGUGAUUGGAGCACAGGGCAAAAAGGGGCGGGGCUUAUGAAGGCUACGGCCAACCGUGGAUGUAGUUUAGUGGCGUAUCUGUAAAACACGGGUCCGAUAUCUGCAGAACUCUUUCGCACACAAGAGUAUAAACAAACACUGACAAUAUUUAAGUUAUUGAUCACAGGAAACCUUAACAACGGUUGUCAUAGCAACCGUCUCUGAAUGUUUUUAUUGACAUUCUUGAAAUGUCCCAUCGAUCAAAUUUCUGUUGAAUUAAAGUAAAAACCGAAAUGAAACUAAUCCGCCCGGACGAGAUGGAUCCCGCCAACGGAGGAACUUUGAAUUCUGGGUAACGCUGUUCGUGUGACAGGAGCUCGCAAUAAAACCACUACGACCAACAACAGCUCGGCCAAAUGUUCCUAGAUACGCUACGUGCUAAGCUUAUUUAUGUUAA